CCCCGUCCCCGAACUAGUAGUCCUGGUAGCCGCCGGAAGUGGGGAGCGCCGAAGCCGGAAGUCCCGCCCCUUCCUCCCAGAGGGAAGACGGUGAGCCGGAGGAGUCAGUCAGAGGGGCGAGCGGGAGCGGCCCCGCCGGCAAACAGGCUAUGAGAGCCCAGUGACCGCAGCUGACACGGAAGCUCGCCGGCUCUAUUAAUGAUGGAUCCCGGAAAGAAGCCGGGGAGCGAUGAGGGUGACCGUGUAAACGAGGAGGCAGAACACCCGAGCCACAGCGCAUCCCACGGUGUGGACCGUGGGCCUGUAUCUGAUGAGACAGCGGACUCCGCUGAGAAUUCCACAAACAAAAGGGGUUUUGCAGAGUCCUCGGACUUGGACCACAUUGUCGAGGAGGACAACGGAAAUAAACGCGCUUCUAAGCGAAUGAAACUAGUGGAGGCUGAGCCCUUGGGGCUGGGAGAGCCGGGCACCCAUGGGUCAGGGAGCCCGGAAGGCACAGGCCCAGGAGAGGGUGUUGCGUUGCCGGGGACUGGGGCGGAGCCCCUCCCGAGUUGCCGUGAUGGCAGCCCAGGUCUUCCCGGCCACCCGAGCCCGGGUGAAAUGGCCGCUGAGAAGGAGCCUGCUCAGGAGACCACAGCGUUCCUCCAUCUUGGAGGGGAGCCACCCUCGCCCACCAAAGAGAUGCGCGGGAGCGGUGCCCUCGGGGGCCCACGUGCCUGCUUGCCCGCCUCCUGCCCACACGCUGAGAAGCAUGCCGCGCGCCCCUCACUGCGGCCCGAGGACCAGGCCUGUGGCCCCGCUGCCGACGGUGGCCUGGCUUUCCCUGGGCACGCCGGGCAGGCGCGUGGCCCGCUGAGGGCCUUCUCCUGUGAGCUCUGCGGCUUUCAGUGUGCCGAGGAGAACCUGCUGAACGCACACUGUCUCGGCAAAACACAUCUCCGGCGGCAGAACCUCGCUGCCCGUGGAGGGUUCGUACAGAUCUUAACCAAACAGCCUUUGCCCAAGAAGCCGAGUUCCAUGGGAGCGAAGGCUGGCCGCACAAAGCCGAGAGCAUCUAGGCCGGUAGCCAGGAACGGCGACUCAAAAGUGUUGCGGAGCGUUGGAGCGGGCACAUUCAGAGAUUUCAGAGGAAGCUUUUCUAAACAAAGUGGGCACGGCAGCGAGCUGCUGGUUGAAAUGAGGCCGUCCAGGAACACCUCUCCAGAGAAAAUGGAGGUCGUUGAAGAAAACGUAACCUCCCACGAUGCAGCCGGGAAUCCCGAGAACCAGAGCAGAAAGCUGGGUGUGGUUAUCACCUCCGAGAGGCUCCUAGAUAGGCUAGAGUCCAGCAGAAACACGGCCCAGGCAGCCCCCGGCCUCAGCACAGCCUCAAGACCCAGGCCCGAGCGUGGCUUCCUUGUGCUGGGCAGCGGCUUCCGACGGCGUGCUGGCGCCUUCGCUUUGAAGGGCCAGGUGAAGAAGAGGUGUGCGCUCCUAGGAGUUAGUAAAAGGGGCGCUAACGAAGUGCAGAGGCUGUAUUCGAAGCACUUGAGGGCCCCGAUAAAAAUGAGCGACGCGGAGUCGGCGCCUCUGCACGGGGACACGCGCCUGAUACCCCCAGAGACCCAGGCCCCGAAGCAGGACAGGACAAACGCGCAUCUCCCCGGCUCCUCCAACUCUCUGGCGGGGAGGCCAGCUCCCGACCACCAGGUGGCGUGCACUUGUUCGGCCUGUGGUCACACAGCCACAAGCAGGGCGGAGCUGGAGAUCCACGUGACAAGGUGCCACGCGGGCGAGUUGCGGUUUCACUGCCAGACGUGUGGCUUCUCUAGCGCAUCCAGGAGGGACGUGGAGGAGCACGCGCACAGCCACCAGCAUCAGCAGACCGCCUCCGGCCUGCAUUGCCAAUGUUGUUCGUUUACUUCCCUGAACGAGGUGGACCUGAGAGACCACAUGAAGGAGAAGCACAGUAUGGGUUUCCUCUGCCCGCCCUGUCGUCUGUUCUUCUCCUCCGAGAAAGACGUGGAGGAACACAGAGCAACUGAGAAGCACAUUCACUUGUUGGGUCAGACAAAGUCUUCUCAGUCAUUUAAUGGUGAUUCAGCUUUACAGACGUUCCCCUUAAGUACUUUAGAAUCAGAAAAUGCAAAAGUUUCUGCGAGUGAGGCCGGAAAAUCAGCUCAGGAAGAGCCAGCUAAGUCCAGGGUAAGCCACGGAAAUGAAGCGAGGCAUUCGAGUAAGCCUCAGUUUCAGUGCAAGAAGUGUUUUUACAAAACAAGAUCUUCCACUGUUCUCACGAGACACAUAAAGCUCCGCCACGGUCAAGACUAUCACUUUCUUUGUAAAGCGUGUAAUCUUUAUUCCCUGAGCAAAGAAGGAAUGGAGAAACACAUCAAGAGAAGCAAGCAUCUUGAAAAUGCUAAGAAAAAUAACAUUGGCCUAAGCUUUGAGGAAUGUAUUGAAAGGGUCUGCAUAGGUGCAAAUGACAAGAAAGAAGAGCUUACUGUCCCCGGGAAUGGGAGGACAGAAGGCCACGGAGAAGGUGUGCAGUUCCAGGAGCAGUCCUGUCUCGACCAGAGCAUCCUGCCUCCCCAGGAACCGUCACUGUCCGGUGUCAUUACCAAAGAGGGUGAAUUAGCUCCACCCCCGACUCCAAAGAGGGGGCGACCUAAAGGCAACAUCUCUCGGACCUGUUCACAUUGUGGUCUCCUGGCCUCCAGUAUCACGAACUUGACUGUGCACAUUCGACGAAAACACAGUCACCAGUACAGUUAUUUAUGCAAAGUCUGUAAGUAUUACACCGUAACCAAGGGAGACAUGGAACGUCAUUGUGCCACCAAGAAGCAUAAAGGACGUGUAGAAAUUGAAGCGAGUGGAAAACAGAGUUCCGAUAUUGUUGUUGGCCCUGAAGGCGGUAACCUUGAUGCCAGUAGGAAGAACACCAGUGUGGCAGAUGAGUCUGCCAACCCUCCAGUGGAAGCAGACACCUCCGUUUCACAACAGCCACCACUCGAGCAAGGGAAUCCAGUGGAAGUGGAAGUUGAGAACGUGUUUCACCCUGAAGAUAGGGAGACUGGCAGUCACCUUAUUGAGAAAAAGGAGCAAACCUCUGUGGAUCCAGAGGACCUUCAGGGUGACACAUGCCCCCAGAAAGAUGAUGCGAGUACAGAUGAAAACAGAUGUACACACUGUGAGUUUAAGGCACACUCUUCCACCUCUCUCGAGCUGCACGUAAAACGGAAACAUACAAGAGAGUUUGCCUUUUAUUGCAUGGCAUGUGAUUACUAUGCUGUGACUCGACGGGAGAUGACCAGGCAUGCGGCAACAGAAAAACACAAGGUGAAAAGGCAGUCUUACCUGAACUCUACUAAUGUACAAGCCAGUUCUUCAGAAGUGUCCAAAACCAUCAUUAUUCCCCAAGGGCAGCAGCAACAGAAUUCUGAGGAAUUUCAGAUUAUUUCAGACCAACCCUCUGAAACUCUCAAAUCUAGAAAUGCCGCUGAUUGCUCUAUUUUGGAUGAGAAUACCAAUUUAGAUAUGUCCAAGGUAUUCUGUGCUUCUGACUCUGUAGAAACUGAGACUGAGGAAGAGUCUAACCUCAGUGAAGAUCAUUCCUUUUGUGAAACUUUCCAGCAGCCCCUUGCCAAGGACAAAGUUAUAAAACCGGAGGAGAUGGUACCCCUUAGUAUUUCUUCUAAUUGUGGCUCCCCAAGCAAAUUUCAGAAUGAAAACUCAGGAAGCUCAGCUCUGAAUCAUGAGACAGCAAAGAAAAGGCACAGUAUGUUGAAUGACAUCAGUAGUCCAAACACAUAUGGCGAGAGUGAUGGAGGAAACGCAGAGGACAAAGCUGAUAAAGUCCUUGGCAAACGUGGGUGUCCCAGAGCUGUAGAUGGAGAGCAUCCAGCCAAGAGUGCCAUGCUGACAGCUCCCAGAGAGCUGCUCAACCUGGGGAGCAGUGAUCAGGACAGAGCUGGAAGCAUGCAGAGUUCAGGGGACUUGAAAGAUGUUCCGGAAGAUCCCGUUCUGGAGAGUAAGGAGAUUCUGAUGAAUUCCCGACAUGAAACCAAAGUGAUUUUGGAAGAGGAUGGUCCAGCUUCUGACAGCACCAUUGACAACAAUGAUGUUUAUGAAACUAUAAUCAGUAUUGAUGAUAAAGGGCAGGCCGUGUACAGUUUCGGCAGAUUUGAUUCUUCCAUAAUAAGGAUCAAGAACCCCGAAGAUGGGGAGCUCUUCGACCAGUCUCAAGAGGGGCUUGUGGCAGCCGGAGUGAGGAUGAGUGAACUGCCCUUGAAGGACUGUGCUCAAGGUGUGAAAAAGAAGAAAGCGGACAGUAGUUCCUUUGCAGAGUCCACCCGGAUUCGCUGUGAUGACUGCGGCUUUUUGGCAGACGGUCUGAGUGGCCUGAACGUGCACAUAGCCAUGAAACACCCGACGAAGGAGAAACACUUCCACUGUCUGCUGUGCGGCAAGUCCUUCUACACGGAGAGCAACCUCCACCAGCACCUGGCCAGCGCCGGCCACAUGCGGAAUGAGCAGGCCAGCGUGGAGGAGCUGCCCGAGGGUGGCGCCACCUUCAAGUGCGUCAAGUGCACGGAGCCCUUUGACUCCGAGCAGAAUUUGUUCCUGCACAUCAAAGGGCAGCACGAGGAGCUGCUCCGAGAGGUGAACAAGUACAUCGUGGAGGACACUGAGCAGAUCAACCGCGAGAGGGAGGAGAACCAGGGCAACGUGUGCAAGUACUGUGGGAAGAUGUGUCGCAGUAGCAACUCGAUGGCGUUCCUGGCGCACAUUCGCACGCACACAGGAUCAAAACCAUUCAAGUGCAAGAUAUGCCAUUUUGCAACAGCUCAGCUUGGCGAUGCCAGAAACCAUGUCAAAAGGCACCUUGGGAUGAGGGAAUACAAGUGUCAUGUCUGUGGGGUUGCAUUUGUUAUGAAGAAACACUUAAAUACACAUCUAUUAGGCAAACAUGGAGUUGGCACACCAAAAGAAAGGAAGUUCACCUGCCACUUGUGCGACAGAAGUUUCACGGAGAAAUGGGCCCUCAACAACCACAUGAAACUGCACACGGGGGAGAAGCCGUUCAAGUGUACCUGGCCUACCUGCCACUACUCCUUCCUCACGGCGUCCGCCAUGAAAGACCACUACAGGACGCACACAGGCGAGAAGUCGUUCCUGUGUGACCUCUGUGGCUUUGCGGGUGGGACCCGGCACGCCCUCACCAAGCAUCGCAGGCAGCACACAGGAGAAAAACCUUUCAAAUGUGACGAGUGUAACUUUGCUUCCACGACCCAGUCUCACCUGACACGGCACAAGCGGGUACACACAGGAGAGAAGCCCUAUAGAUGCCCCUGGUGCGAUUACAGUGACGGAGCCAGCUGAAACAGCGACGAUGAACAGUGCCUAAACUAUACCUGACGACUCAGACGGCGCACGUCAGCUGAGGGUUUUGUGACAGAGCGGGAGGCCUGGUAGUAAUUUUGAAGCGUCGGCCGUGCCUCUCUCUUGAACUGGAGAACUCCAGCUUCACACCCCGGAACCUCUACGCCCAACUGCUGUGACAAGGCUCCCACAUUUGGGGGCGCUGCAUAAUGCUAAAUUUAAAUUUGUUGUGGUUAGAGUUUUGAAUCAAACAACACAGAAAUUGUGUCAUGGGAUUGCUCUGCUCCCCCUACAUAUACACCCAGUCCUGGGAUUUUAUUUGCUUUCUACGAAGAAUUUACUUCCACAAAAGAUUGCACUGCUCUGACUGUUAGAUGUAAUUCACAAUUUUGCUUGGCACAAUUGAGGGUGACCAUUUAACCAACAGUCAUUUAAAUGUCAUCUUUUAAAGUGUGUCUUCUUUUCUGUGACUUAUUCUAAACAAUUUUGCUCAUGGUUGAGGACUUCUCUAAGACUGGCACGUAUGACAGGCCCCUCUAGUGACGUCAGAAGUCUGUGGAAACUCACAGGCAUUUACUGUGAUGACUCCCAUGUGUAUUUACAACCCUUUCUGUUUGUUUUACCUUCAUUUGUUUGACUUUAUUAGUAAUCACAAAUAUGGUAUAACUCUUAUCAAUCACAGCUUUAAUUAUAUUCUUUAUGUCCAUUUGUACUAAAACUUCGGUUUCACCCCAUUUUAGAUUGAUCCCUGCCUUCUUCAAAUUGCCAUAUUUCUAGAAACAUAUAACUCGACUGGAAUGGUCCUACCAAGAGAAACGUAAUAAUAAGGACCAUGCGGCAGUGGAGUUAGUGUGUGUAUGGCAUGGAAAGAGAAGCAAAUAUAUCACUCCGCAGGGUGAGAUAGGGUGCAUGAUUUGUUUUCAUGACUUAGGGUAUAUUAUAACUGCUGAGUGUUGGUGUCAGUUGUACUAAACCACUAAAAAGUGGAAAUAAGUCAUCUAUAUUGCUCCACAGGUUGAUGUAUGCUUUUCUUUUGCAUUCACUCACAUUCUGUUUGGGUUUCCUUUGAUUCUAUAGGAAUUUUCGCUGCUUUGUUUUAUUAUAAAUUCGAGUUCCACAGGAGGAUUAUGGCUGCAUCUCAGAAUUUGGUUUUAGCUUGUCUUUCACCUUUAAAAAUGAAAAGUGCUUUUCCCUUUGCAAAUUGAGAUAGUUCUGGAUAUCUUGCCAUAAAUUUUUGGCACCAUUUCUGUGAGUACAUAAAGGUAAUAGAAAUGAUCAGCAUAGUGCCCCUGAGGUAGGUUCAUUUUAGCAUUGGCUACAAUGUUUUAUUAAAACAGUUGGGGCAGCUUCUGUCCUAUCGGCUAGCACAGCUUUCUUAAGAAGGUUCUCAAAGACACGACAGAAGAGUGGCAGUGAAUAAGGAAUAUAUAGUAAGGAAUAUGUAUAGUAAGGAAUAUAUAGGAAGUGCACCCUCAGAUUCAAGGAGCUGUGUGCCUGGGAAAUAUAUGGAUAACAUCAGCAUAUAUACAGACACACACACACACACACAAAGUUACGUGCUCCUCCCAAUUACUGAUUUCGUAUGAGCUGUGUAAGCAACGCUAUGAAUGUAAAGGUCACACAAUCCAAAUCUUACUUCUUGUCGUGGGCGCUUUGUUUUCAACUAUGUACCCACACAGACAUAUUCUACCUGCCUUGCAUCCAUUUUAACACAACAGCCUUCCAAAGCAUGGUGUGUUCUGAUGUAAAAGAGAUUCAAAACAAGGCUCCAGCUUUAUUCUUACAGCUUUUUUUUGGUUUAAAAGUGGAAUAUAUGUUUGCUUUAGCUGUGAAAGCACAAUCAAGGCACCGUGAUAAGUGAGUCAGCGCUGUAAAAGUGAAGCGAGCUUUGCCUUCACUCACAUGAGCUAUAGAAGGAGGAAGCUUUAUUGUCCCUGGGAAAGUGAUAAGGCAGAGUAAUUGUAUAUUAUACUGUCCCGGAACAUCUGCCUGAAGACUGUUGGAGCAAUUCAUCUAUCAUGGACGAUGCAGCAUGUUUUGUCUUUCUGCUUUAACCCGUCCCCACUGCUGGCCUGCGCGGAGGUUUUGAUAGGGACUGCGCCUGGGCCCGGGCUCCCAUUAAUCAGUCCCCUUGUUCAACACUCCAGCUGACAUAAUUACAACCUGCGCACAGCAGUUAUUCAAGUCGAGUCCUUGUCACUCGUGGUGCGAAACUACACGGCGCCGAUCCCGGAGGAGAUUGCCUUAUCACACAGAACAAGGGCUCGCAGGAGCCGAAGGGAAUAGGAAUGCGGAAAUGUCUUCCGGGAGCGCUAUAUAUUCCUUUAAAAUAAGACAUUUGAGAGACUUACAAGGGACAAAGGGAAGCAUUGUGUGCGGUGACUGAAAUGAACCGGUUAUGAUUUUUAAAUGCAUUACGUGGAGCAAUUUUGUAAAAAUGGACAUAGGUUAUUAAAUAAACUCAGUUGUCCCCUCGUCA